ACACCUGAGUCACAUAAUGACGUCAUUAUGACGUUGGACUCUGCUGUUUGAAGUGAGUUGGACCCGGGAGGACUCCGGCCAACCCGCGUUAAGGAUCGAGCGAUGAGGAAAACGUCACACGGUCACGUGACGCGACGCUUCAUAUUUGGCUCUCGCGCAUGGCCGCUGAACUUCCGGUACGGCGGGGCGACGUGCAGGUGUGUCCAGGUGACGGACACUCGGCUCCAGAUGGAGGAGCUUCUGGCUCUGGUUCUGCAGCGGAUCCACAUGGAGGAGAGCAGCAUGGCUGUGGAGCGAGAAUGCCUAAACGUGGUGCAGAACCUGGAGGCGGUGAGGCGGAGCUGGCAGCGGGCGGAGGCAGAGCUGAAGCGCUUCAAGGAGCUGCUGGUGAAGUCGGAUGUGGCCAAAGCGGCUCUGGAGAUCCAACUGAAACACGCCCGGAACCAGGUGGACGUGGAGAUGAGGAAGCGGCACAAGGUGGAGGCCAACUACCAGUACCUGGAGAGGCAGAUGGGGCUCAUGUGUGACAUCCUGGUCCAAGACGGAAAGUUCAACACUUCUCUGAACGAUGAGCAGAAAAACUUCCUAGCAAAGCUCAACCAGCAAGGAGCCAACGCCACGCUGCUCCGCAGCACCAAGAGCAGGUUGUCUGUCAUUGACGAGUCGUCCUUCCUGUCCCACUCCGACAUCAGCUACGACCGCACUGAAGACUAUGUGGACCUGGACACCACGCUGAUCAAACCUCUGAGGUCUCGAGCCCGAGAGCGGAGGCGCUCCUCUAUGCCGGUCGGAGGUCCAGUGGCGAAGCGGAGCAGAAUUGGAAAUGUGUCUGCAGAGAUCCAGGAGAAGAGAACAAUUGAGAAGGAAGUGGAAUCCAUCGUGAAGGCAUCCGUGGCGACUCCAGAUGCAGGCGGACAGAACCACAUGGCUCUGGGAAUCAAACAGGCUUGUCCCGAUGACCCGGCUCGAUCCGCCUCCCAGGAGGGGGCCGUCUCCGUUCGGGCCGCAGGAGGAAGAGAUCAAACGUCUUUGUGGAGCUCCAGCAAUGAGAAAUCAGUGGAGCUUAAUGCUCCUGUGGAGGACAGAAACGUUCCGGUUCUCCACAAGUCCUUGAGACACGAGUUUCUGUCUAAAACGGUGAUCCGACCAGAGACCUGCACGCCAUGUGGGAAGAGGAUUCGCUUUGGGAAAAUGGCUGUAAAAUGCAGGACCUGUCGGCUUGUGGCUCAUCCAGAGUGCAAACAGAAUUUCCCAAACAGCUGCUCGUCCUCCAGCACAGUGACAGGAGGUGGACCUCAUAAGGACUCUCUGGAAGCUUUUGCUCCGUUGACCCAUCCCAGAGUUCCUCAGGUCAUCGUGGAUUGCGUGGCUGAGAUUGAGAGGAGGGGUCUUCAUGAGAGAGGCCUGUAUCGGGUUCCUGGGGGAGAGCGCCCAGUGAGAAAUCUCAGAGAUCGGAUCCUUCAGGGGAAGCCUUCUCUGAUGCUUAGUAAAGUUCAGGACAUCCAUGUAGUCUGUGGGGUCCUGAAGGACUUCCUGAGGAGGCUGAGGGAACCCCUGGUCACUUUCAGGCUGCACAGGAUCUUCAUGGAGGCUUCAGAGCUGGAUGAGGACAAUGGUUCUGCUGUCCUGUACCGGGCCGUGUCCGAGCUGCCAAAGGCCAAUAGAGACACCCUGGCUUUCCUCAUGAUUCACCUCCAUAAGGUGAUGAGGAGUCCACAGUGCCAGAUGGACCAGAACAACUUGGCCAGAGUGUUUGGACCGACCAUAGUGGGUCACAGCAUUGCUGAGCCAUCUCCAACAACCAUCAUGAAAGACACUACCAUUCAGCCAAAGGUUGUCUGCUGCCUGCUGUCCAUUCCUGAAAACUACUGGAGACAAGUUCUCAUCGUGGGAACGGACCAGAACCCGUCUGCAUCCUCCUCCAGUAAGCUCAACCAAGGUCGAUUGUUCCAGCCAUUGACGUCUCCAGAGCUAAACAGCAUCUGCAGAAUGACCAGUCCAGAUUCUGUGCGAGAAAGAAUCGGAAACCCGGGGAACAACUUCAGCACCACAAAUGCAGUGGAGCCUGGAAGGAAGUUCUUCACUUCACCCUGUUGACCAACAAGGAGUACUGACCCAGUCCUCCUUGCAAAAGGUACCAUGUGACUGAACUCAACCCUGGAGGUUUAUAUCAGCAGAAACUGACCUGUUUGACUUUCUUUUCACCAUAAAACAUCCGUUUAUUAUGAAAUAUGCCGCCAGAAAUUGAAAAUAAGUGAAGCUUUUCAGCUCUUGACUUGACCUUCUCUACAAAACAGAGAACUUCUUUCAGCUGGGCUUAGCUGGACCAAGUGGCCAUUUAUUAAAACAAACUGGAUGGCUUUUCCAGCCUGAAACAAAGGAUGUUCUGACCAGUUGUCUUAUAAACUUUUCAAACUUAUUUCUAAACUAAGAAUAAAUCUGGAAGUAUUUGACUUGAACUUUUAAUGUAGAUGUUUACAGAAAACUAUAUUUAUUUUCCUGAAUGUGAAAUUAAUAAAUAUGAAAUGAAAAAUGUCAAAUAAAGCUUUCGUCUUGCAGAUCA